AUGAGAAAUCCCAUGUCUCCUACGGAGCAGCAUUCACAACAUAAUUCUACAUUGGCCGCCUCUCCGUUUGUUUCUAACGUAUCUGCAGCAAGGACACAACAAAAUGUAUCAAACGAUGCUCAAAAUGAUCAUUUACAACCUUGGAACAGAUCCAAUUCGGGCACCAGUCCUUACCAAUCAUUAGCAAAUAGCCCUCUGCUGCAGAAGCUCCAGGCGAAUAUCAUGACUCCGCAUCAGCCAUCGGCCAAUUCCGGUCCCACUGCUGGCAAUGUUGCAAACGACAACAACUUAUUAGCAUCCAUGUCUAAGAAUAGCAUGUUCGGUUCCACGAUACCGUCCACAUUAAGAAAGGUAAGCUUGCAACGCGAAUACAAAGAUUCAGUUGAUGGGACGAUUGAUGGUGACGACGAUGAUGAUGAUGAUGAUGACAACAAUGGCGAUACGACUGAGAAUGCUAAUAAUGAUCGAGACAGUAGACUAGGAAGCAAUAUGCCAUUGACAACAACAACAUUGACGACAACAACCACAGCUACACAACUAGAUGUUUCUGAAUUGUCAGCUAUAGAGAGACUAAGGCUUUGGAGAUUUGAUGCGUUGAUGCAGCAUAUGUACAGGACAGCAGAGUACAUUGCUGAUAAAGUGUAUACAAUAUCGAGUGAUCCCGAUGAUGCCUUUUGGCUGGGUCAAGUAUACUACAAUAAUAAUCAGUACGUAAGAGCUGUGGAACUUAUUACUAGGAACAAUUUGGAUAGCAUCAAUAUCCUAUGCCGAUAUUUAUUGGGACUCUCUUUUGUGAAGUUACAAAAAUUCGAUGACGCUCUCGAUGUCAUCGGCGAAUAUAAUCCAUUCAGUGAAGAUCCAAUUGUUACAGCCGCAAACGCCACGAAUAAUAACGGCAGUAAUAGCAACACAUCACAGCCAGUUACCGACGGCGGCAUAAAAAUGGAAUCAUCAUUGUGUUUUCUGAGAGGUAAAAUUUACUUUGCGCAGAAUAAUUUUAAUAAGGCAAAAGACGCAUUUCGCGAAGCCAUUCUAGUAGACAUCAAAAAUUUUGAAGCUUUUGAAGUGCUUCUGUCGAAGAAUCUAUUAACCCCGCAGGAGGAAUGGGACUUAUUCCACUCUUUAGAUUUCAAAGAAUUUGGCGAAGAUAAAGAAAUUAUGAAAAAUCUUUAUAAGAUCAACCUAUCCAAGUAUAUUAAUACAGAUGAGAUAACGAGAUCCAAUGAAAUUUUAACAAAGGACUACAAAUUGGGUAACAAUGUGGACGUCGUAAGAAGCAGAGUGGAUAUUUUUUAUACGCAAUGCAAAUUCAACGAAUGCUUAGAAUUGUGUGAGGCCGUUUUGGAAACCGAUGAGUUUAAUACAAACAUUCUGCCAACUUAUAUUGGAUGCCUAUAUGAACUUUCAAAAAAAAACAAGCUUUUCCUUUUAUCACACCGGUUGGCAGAGAAUUUCCCGAAGUCUGCGAUAACAUGGUUUAGCGUUGCCACCUAUUAUAUGAGCCUGGACAGAAUUUGCGAAGCUCAAAAAUACUAUUCCAAAUCCUCAAUAUUGGAUCCAAGCUUUGCUGCAGCAUGGCUAGGGUUUGCACAUACUUAUGCGCUGGAGGGUGAACAAGAUCAAGCAUUAACAGCAUAUUCUACAGCGUCAAGAUUUUUCCCUGGGAUGCACUUGCCAAAACUAUUUCUCGGAAUGCAGUUCAUGGCGAUGAAUUCUCUAAACUUAGCAGAAUCCUACUUUGUCUUGGCAUAUGAUAUCUGUCCAAACGAUCCAUUAGUGCUUAAUGAAAUGGGUGUAAUGUAUUUCAAAAAGAAUGAAUUCGUCAAAGCCAAGAAAUAUCUGAAGAAGGCGUUGGAAGUGGUGAAGGAUCUGGACCCAGGUUCGAGGACGACGAUAUCGAUUCAAUUGAACCUGGGUCACACAUAUAGGAAAUUGAAUGAGAACGAAAUUGCCAUCAAAUGUUUCAAAUGUGUCCUGGAAAAAAGUGAUAAAAAUUCAGAGAUCCAUUGUUCAUUAGGAUAUUUGUAUUUGAAGACCAAAAAAUUACAAAAGGCAAUCGAUCAUCUGCACAAGUCAUUGUAUAUAAAGCCUAAUAAUGCAUCUGCGAUGACGCUACUGAAGAACGCCCUAGAGCUAAACGUGACUUUAUCGUUGGACGCCAGCCAUCCACUUAUUGAUAAGUCUAAUCUAAUGACUCAGACAAGCACGGACAAGGCUUCCGUCAACAAAAAGAGAUCCUCGCUGGCAUAUGACCCUGCUAACAUGGCCAAAAGGUUGAGAACGCAAAAAGAGAUCUUUGACAUGAACAACGAAUUUCUCACGAGGGGAGGCCGCGACAGCAAAAAUGGCAAUACUAAUGGUAAUGACAAUCUUGAUGAUAAUCUUGAUGCAGAUAUGGAGCUAGAAUAA